AUGACCAAAAGAUUCAGAGUUGGAGGAGAAGAAGUUGAGAUGGAGAGCAUUAACAUGGCUAACAUGUUAAUGUUCUUAUCUCAUAGUGCUCAUCAUCAACAACACCACCAUCAACAACAACAACAACAACAAAAAAGUAAUUACAAGAGCAUGAGUACUAGUAGUACAACCGGUAAACUAUUUGAGUGCAAGACAUGCAAUCGCCGGUUCACAUCAUUCCAAGCACUGGGAGGUCACCGGGCAAGUCAUAAAAAGCCGAAGGCGGUGGCCGAUGGGGGCAGCGGUAACGGUGGUGAGAUGGCGGUGAAGCCGAAGGUGCAUGAGUGCUCAGUAUGUGGGCUUGAGUUUGCAAUUGGACAAGCUUUGGGAGGACAUAUGAGAAGACAUAGAGGGUUAAGUACUGAAGGAGUGAAUGGUCAUGAUGAUGAGCAUGAUGUUCAUAAGUUGGUGAUGGAGAAGAAGAGUCAUGGUGGGAGGAGAGUUAUGUGCAUGGAUUUUGACUUGAACUUACCACCAGUGGAUGGUGGAGAACAUGAUCAGAAAUGGUUGAAGAUUGGGAGUAGUAAUUUGGUUGAUUGUUUACAUUAA